UGUCUUAUUGGUCUUAUUAGAUUUUUUCCUAGCAUUUACGGCUCUCUAACCGGUACAGCUGUCAUGUCACCGGGAGUUUAAUCAAUUCGCCUUUUUCUUACAUUCUAUUCCCAAAUUGGUGCAGUGCGUACACGUAUAAUAUCAUCCAGCGUUUUAUUUCUGUAUUUCAUUCCACAACUUGCAUUUAAUUGAAAAGUGAAGAACCGUAACCUGUGAAAUGGCUUGUUCAAAAGUUUUUCAUCGUUCGAUUGUUUUGCUGAGAAAUCCGAACACAUUAGAAAACUACGUUGGACAUCGUGCGUGCUCAUGGUGGGGCGCCGUUCAAAUGGGCCCUCCGGACGUCAUUCUAGGCGUGACGGAGGCCUUCAAGCGCGAUACAAAUCCGAAAAAAAUAAACCUUGGCGUAGGAGCUUACCGGGAUGACAGCGGUAAGCCGUUUGUGUUGCCCAGUGUGCUAAAAGCCGAAAAGCGUAUAGCCGACAAACAACUGGACAAGGAAUAUUCUCCAAUCAGUGGAACGGCAGAGUUCUGCAAACAUAGCAUUCUGCUGGCCCUAGGAGAGGAUAGCGCACACGUAGCAAACGGACAAAAUGCUACGGUGCAAGGUAUCAGUGGAACCGGUGCACUGCGAGUGGGUGGCGCAUUCCUGGCGAGUUUCUUUCCCGGACCGAAGGACAUCUAUCUGCCUACACCGUCCUGGGGUAAUCACAAUCCUAUCUUUCGCCACUCGGGACUGAAUGUUAAGGCUUAUCGCUACUACGAUCCAAGCACUUGCGGAUUCGAUUUCAAGGGAGCAUUGGAAGACCUCUCGAAAAUUUCAGAGCGCUCGGUAGUAUUACUGCACGCAUGUGCACACAAUCCAACUGGAGUCGAUCCACGACCAGAGCAAUGGGCAGAAAUAUCUGCGUUGGUGAAAAAGCGCAAGUUGUUCCCAUUCUUCGAUAUGGCAUACCAAGGUUUUGCCAGCGGUGAUGUCGCCAAGGAUGCGCUCGCUGUGCGUGCCUUUUUGAAGGAUGGCCAUCAAAUUGCGUUGGCCCAAAGUUUCGCUAAAAACAUGGGUCUGUACGGUGAGCGGGCUGGAGCAUUUUCGCUCAUCUGCACGGACAAAGAGGAAGCCGCUCGUACAAUGUCUCAGAUCAAAAUUCUGAUUCGUCCAAUGUACUCAAAUCCUCCGAUUCAUGGCGCCAGACUGGUGACAGAAAUUCUCUCCGAUUCCAAUCUGCGCCAAGAAUGGCUGAAGGAUGUUAAACUGAUGGCCGAUCGGAUUAUUUCAGUACGAUCGACCCUGCAGAAUAAUCUGAAGAAGCUGGGAUCGAGUCGAAACUGGCAGCAUAUUACCGAUCAGAUUGGAAUGUUCUGCUUUACUGGUAUGAAUCAACAGCAGUGCGAACGGCUAACCAAAGAUUUCAGCGUGUAUCUAACGAAGGAUGGUCGUAUCUCGAUGGCCGGCGUCACUUCCAAGAAUGUUGAUUAUUUGGCAGAAGCUAUUCACGCUGUUACCAAGUAAGGAUGCCACAAAGCGAGAAACAUAACAGCAUCAUUUUUAUUCUUUUAAGCGGCAUUUAAAAACAUUCUGCUUUUAUCGAAGAGCUUGUUGAUCAAUAAAAUUGAUCGACUGGUCGUAAAGUGAUUACAUAGUUUAUAGUGGAAUACAAAGUGUUGGCACACAGAAAACUAUUGAUGAAAUAAAUAAGUUUAAAACA